UAUGGGAGGCGUGUUAGAUUGCUGCUUCAGUCGUCAUUAUUACUUGACGGAAGGGCAUCUCUCGAUCAAGAAAAAACUCUUUUCAUCACAAAAUUAGGGCCUUUGUCAGAUCGAUUUGUUUCAAAAUGGAGAAGGUGAGAAAGGCAUCGCAUGCUGGAUCAUGGUAUACCGACAAUCCUAAAGAGUUGGAGGAAGAGCUUGAGGGAUGGCUAAAGGCAGCUGGCCUGGAUAAAUCUCCUGAUGUACGAGGCGUGAUAGCUCCACAUGCAGGUUAUUCAUAUUCAGGUCGUGCCGCUGCUUAUGCAUUUGGAAACAUAGACCCAACAAACAUUUCACGGGUGUUUCUUCUUGGCCCAUCUCAUCAUUAUUACACUCCAAAAUGUGCUCUUUCAACAGCAACAGUUUAUAAGACUCCCAUUGGGGACUUACCGAUAGAUUUGGAAGUCAUUGAGGAGCUAAAAGCCACAGCGAAAUUUGAAUUAAUGGAUAUUCGCGUGGAUGAGGCUGAACAUAGCAUGGAAAUGCACUUGCCAUAUCUUGCUAAAGUAUUUGAGGGACAUUCGGUAAAAGUUGUGCCCAUUUUGGUUGGUGCUCUUAAUGCCAAUAAUGAAGCUAUGUAUGGGAAGUUGUUGGCAAAAUAUGUGGAUGAUCCAACUAUCUUUUUUUCCGUGUCCUCGGAUUUUUGCCACUGGGGUUCCCGGUUCAAUUACAUGCAUUAUGAUAAGAAACACGGAGCCAUACACAAAUCCAUUGAGGCCUUGGACAAGAUGGGUAUGGACAUUAUAGAAACAGGAGAUCCUGAUGCAUUUAAACAGUAUUUAUCGGAGUACGAGAACACGAUUUGUGGACGUCAUCCAAUCAGUGUUUUUCUCCAUAUGCUGAGAAAUUGCUCGACAAAGAUAAAGGUUAGAUUCCUUCGAUAUGAGCAAUCAAGCCAAUGCAAAACUACAAGGGACAGCAGUGUAAGUUACGCAUCUGCAGCAGCAAAGGUGGAGUCUUGAGGCUGUAUUGAUCAGAGGCCCAAAUUGACUUGUGUGGAAAUGUUAACAAGCUAAAACUUAUAAAUUGUCGAGUAGAUUUCCUUCUAAAACUAAUCUCAUGCUACCUGAUUGAUCUGUGGUGUUGUGUGAAUUCUUGGUGCCAUGCGAAGAAUUAUGACAUGGUUACUGAAUUUAUAUAUUAAGAUUAUGGGUUAUUUUGGAAUGGCAGUUCUCUGAAUUGUUUUUGACA